GGGAGAGGAGGAGGAGGAGGGAGGCAGGACAUAAUUUAAAUUCCCAGCGAUUCCGCUGCUGCAAAGAAGCAAAGCGUCAGCCUCUGGCGCAGAGAGACUGGAGCGAGCGAGCGAGCGAGAGAAAGGAGGCGCAGAGACACGCGCGCGCGGAGACAACAGCUCAGCCUCGGCUUUGUGUAAAUCAUCUGAAUAGGUCCAGAGGCAGUGCCAGGGCAAGCCAAGCGAGCCAGCCAGCUUGAGCGGAGGGCCCACCAACUUGUCCAUGUUGUGCCCACUGCACCUCAUCCCCGCGAGACAAGAGGAGGCAUGCAUCACGUCUCCCCCCCCCCCCCCACCCAGUAAUUGAGAUGGCCUUCUGCUAACGGGGCACUAGGGUAAUAGCAGUGCAGGCAGCAGCAGCAACAACAGCAGCGGCAGCAAGAAUUUAAUAUAAAAGCCAGCGACUCAACAAGUACCGAGUCCUAUCGGCGCCGGUGUUUGCAGCGCUUCCAGCCACGCCGCGGUCUUUAGUUGCACGCAGGAAGAUGCAGUCGCGAUGGCAUUUGCUCAAAAUCAUGGCCGCGGCGGCCGUCCUCUUCUGCCUCUACGGCGUCUUCCAGUUCAACACGCUCCUCCGCAGCUUCGCAAUCGGCACCGCGAGCCAACACACGAGCAAGGGUUUGUGGGAAAGAUUUCAGUUCUCGCAGAAGACGCACGCGGCGGAAGCCACCACGGUCAGCCCCAGGACGUGUCGGCCCUUGCACGUGCGCCGCAAGCUCCAGGGACUCUACCCACACCUGAACAUGAGCGCGCUGGGUGGGAGCCCCUUCCUGGGCCUGCAGGACGUGGAGGCGGAGGCGACGCGGUCUCACCGACGCAACUACGGCGCCUUCGCUCUCGAGCAGCUGCCGUACCGCAUGCGCCCCAGCGAUGCUCUGACCAUCCGGUGGAUUUUAAAGUUGCUGGUCAACGUAACGACGCCACGGGAACUAUCCAACUUGGCGUGCAAGCGCUGCGUCGUCGUGGGCAACGGAAGAGUCCUCAAGGGCAGCGGCCUGGGAAAGAGGAUCGACUCGUACGACGUCGUCCUGCGCAUGAACGACGCUCCGCUGCGUGGCCACGUGGGGGACGUGGGCAGCCGGACCACGAUGCGCCUCUGCUACCCGGAGUCGGCGCACGUGCGGCGCGAGGACUUUGACCCCAGCGCGCUGCUCGCCUUCGUGCCCUUCAAGACGCGCGACCUCCAGUGGCUGCUCGGCGUUCUCAACCACCACCGCGUGGGCCCACGGGGCUUCUGGAAGAAGGUGCCUACGGAGCUGCAAUUCCCUGCGAGCCGGAUCCGGAUCCUCAACCCGGCCUUCGUGAGGGAGGCCGCCACGGAGUUCCUCAACAUCUCCUCGGACACCAAGUCGGGCAAGGCGAAGAACCCCACGACGGGCGUGAUCGCCAUCACGCUGGCGCUGCACCUCUGCGACGAGGUGCACCUCGCCGGCUUCGGCUAUGAAGUCAACUCCCCCGGCAGCCCCGUGCACUACUACGGCCAGGACACCAUGUCCUCCAUCAUCAAGUCCACCUACCACAACAUCACCAUCGAGCGGACAUUCCUCAGGAAGCUGAAGGAGGGAGAAGCCAUUGUGGACCUGACACAGCUGGCCGGCACAUGACGCCCGCCCGCCCGCCCGCCCGCUCGCUCGCGCGAGGUAAGCAGGCGACGAUCGGCCGGGCGGACAGACGGCAACUCAUAUGCCCAAGCCCGGCAGAAGUUGUGCAAGUUCGGCCUUCCGUGCCGGCGGAUGCGAGGCCCCCA